AUGGCGGCGACGAUUGAGGCCAAUUACCAGCGCCACGGCUUCUCCUUUUCUUAUGCUGACUUGGCACUCGCUACAUCAGUGGUAUCGAUCACCAUGGCGAUUGUGGUGCCAAUUAUGAUGUGGUCCGAUUGGGAAUCGAUUCUGGUGGCGUCGGUAGGAUUGUUUCUCGACUUUUGCACGUUGGCGCUCUGGAUAGCUACGUUGGUGACGAUGUCAAUCUUUUACGGUGCCCAUAGCUGUGAUGACUCCCAGAUAACGUUAUAUGGCCAGCUUCCCCUGAACUUGUGUCGUAUUGGGCGGCUGGUAAUUGGUCUCUCCGCCGCUCAAUUGGCAUUCGCUAUCGUUGCGUGUUGUAUGGGAAUCAUCACCGUAAUUAUGGUGGCGCGCGCCAAAUCGUACAAAGGUGAAAAAGUUGAUGGAGACACGACACUAGAAACGAUCUAA